GCAAAGCGGCAUCGCAAAGUGCUUCGCGAUAACAUCCAGGGCAUCACCAAGCCAGCUAUCCGCCGCCUGGCUCGGCGUGGUGGGGUCAAGCGGAUCUCGGGUCUGAUCUACGAGGAGACCCGCGGGGUGUUGAAGGUUUUCCUGGAGAAUGUGAUCAGGGACGCGGUCACCUACACCGAGCACGCCAAGCGCAAGACGGUCACUGCCAUGGAUGUGGUGUACGCUCUGAAACGACAGGGCCGCACUCUCUACGGGUUCGGCGGCUAAAUAACUACCCCCUUUAUUCCAACACAAAAUAAAGGCUCUUCUAAGAGCCACCAACAA